AUAUUCUUUUAAAAAUAUCAGCAUGUGUGUCUAUGGGGGGAGGGGUCAAAAAGAUCAAGAUGGUGGCCACAAAAAAAGGAGGGGUGCAUAAAAAGGGAAGGAUUUCGAUCGCAUGACUGUGGCCACCAUCUUGACUUUUUUCAGCUCCUCCCUGAGUACACCCUCAUUUAGCAGUAUUAUACUUUGUGGUAUGGAUAAUUGUGGAAAAGAAAUGAUCGUUAAAGUGUUGAAAAUAAUAAAAUGUUGAAUAGAAAUACUGUAUCCUAUUUAUUCUAUGUAAGGACAGUUAAGUUGGCAAAUCACCACCAGAUGUCAGCAGAACUGAAGAUGACAAGUGGCUUUAUGUUGGAGAAUGAGAAAUGUAACACUCAGACAACAUAUCCAUCUUUUCUGCUGCACCAUUUUACAGUAUUAGUUUUUGAGGAUAAUCUUUGAACAUUUCAGCUUAACCCAACUAUCCUUCCUAUAAUAUCCACAUUAUAUUAUAGUAACCCUCUUCUAGAAAAAUAUUGGAUUAGUCAUUCUCUGGGAGGCUUCCAUUUUAAUGUCCUGUGAAGUUAUUAAUACUGUAAUAGAACAAUUGUACACUUACUCAUUGCUACCUGCAAGUAAUACAGAACAUACUCAGUAACUAAUGACAUUUAUUGAAUAAAUUAAUUUGGAAUGGUAGACAGUUAUAUGAUAAAAACCUACCCAUACAUAACUGUUGAUCUGACUUUAUGCACAAGUGAGCUGUCAAACACAUACUGUAGCGCUGAAGGAAUAAAAUUAAAUAUAUAUUAUCUAUCCAUAACUACCCCAAAUUAAUCCCCAAUAAAGUCUAAUUAUUGAACCAAUAGAAUUAGCAAAGCAUAAUAAUCAUGCUUUAGUUUCUCAUACUGAAGAGUCUUGAGACUUGAUAGCAUUUAAUUUGGGUUCUAUCAUGUCUAUUAAGUUUCUCAAUACACUGUUAAGCCAUGAUUAGCUUUAACCCAAAAUGAGGCAUUAUUAAAAAUCUUUAGAGCUGAUUCCAAACUGGAUGUAAACUCCAACUACUGAUUAAUAAAUGUAGGCCCAGUAUGGAGGGGGAUGUCUUACAAUCAAUUUAUCUAUGUUUAAUGUUUUGCAAACAUUUUGCAUUUAUUCCAAAAAUACAUUAUUGCAGCUACGAAAAUAAUUGUUCUGCCUUUUGUCUAUUUUACAGUUCAGCUGAAAUUAAAUUUAAAUCCUGUUUGACUCAUUUGCCCUUUAUAUUUCUAAGGAAACCUCAUACAUGAAAUGUUAGGUAUUUGCAGCAACAGUAGCUUAACCCUCCCAAGUGUUAUAAUUUACUGCUGUUAUAAUGCCUAAUCAGCACUAUGCGCUGCCUAAAGCCAGAGGCUGUUGGACUCCAGCUUCUGUCUACAGCUUCCAUAACUGGCUAAGGCUGAUAUGAAUUCAGUCGUAUUUGGUGAAUAUGUUGUCCUGGCAUGCAGAUGCAACUAGUCACUUGUAUCACCUGCAGAUCUGGUGGCUGCCUUGCAAAUAAGGAUGGAUGGAUGGACAGAUGGAUGAGCAUUGCAGAGCAUCUUGUUACUGAACUACGCUCUUCCAGAUGCCAUUGUCUACACCUCUAUGCUGGCAGACCCAGAUGUUCAGAUAGUACAUGUCAGAGGCCUGGAUUUUGGCCUAGAGACUGCCAGGUGCUAACCCAAAUUUGAGAACGUGUUAAUCAGCUACCUUGGCUACAUCUAACUCAUUGCCAGCAAUGCAUGCAAGGGGAGUUCCCUUUGUUCUUCUCCGCCACACAUUCUCCAAAUAUAACCUGGAAUGUCCCUUUCCCCCACUCCCCAAACCUCUCAAGCAGAUUUGAGGAAUGCAGGAAGAUAAAUUCCUUCAUGGCAGUUAGAUACAAUAUCUAAACUGUGUCAGGGUAAAAUGUGUUAAUUCAGGCUUUCUUCAUUUCAACUUAAAACUGAAUAGGCAUAAUAUAAAUGCACAGAAGAUACAGGGUGAUCUAAUUUUUUGACCAUAUAAAUUUUGUUUCCAUGCAAAUAAUCUCAGACAUUAAAUAAGUUAGAAACAGAUACAAGGCAAACAUAAUUGCGGAAUGUAAUUCAUGUUUAUAUUGAAAAGCCUCUUCUGAGCUUCAAUAAAAUAUAUAGCUUUGUUUCAACACAAAGUUAGAGGGGAAUACUUCAUACAACAGUCAUAUUUCACUGUUACUGAUUUUAUUGUAAAAUUUCUAAUGCGUACAUGCCAAAACAAGUGUUAUAUCUAGCUGUAAUAUAGGGGAACAACUAUUUUUUAAAUGAAGGCAUUAAUACAGUAUUACACAUUAAUGAAUAAAAUACAGAAAUGUACUGCUUGUUUUGUAAAUUUUACAACAGUCACUGCACUAUCUGGCAGUGUACCCACUGUUUCGUGUUUUAAUCUGUAGUAAGAGUUGAUAUUUGAACAGUUCUAAAAUAAACUGCUCCUUGUACAGAUUGUUUUCUGUGAUUAUUCUCUACUGCAGCAUUUGUAACUACAAUUAUAUACCCAGCAAACAUUUAAAGUAAAAAUAAGUUACUUAUUUAUAUGUCACAUUUAUAGUUGCCCAUCUCACACAAAGCGACUCUGUGAGAUUAUUAUAUUAUUAAUAUGAGUUAUAUUAAUUUUUCUAAUCCAAGAUGGCUAUUAUAUUAACCAGGCCUAUAUUUCUGAGAGUUACUUGGAAUCUGUUUCAUUUACAAACAUUAGAUAUAUUCAAUCAUCCCAUAUAGUAAUAGUAAAUCAGGUUGUUCAGCCAAACAGCACCAACCUUUCUCCAAGGAGAACAAUAAGGGCAGGCUUGGGAUAACUUUGAGGUUUACAGAGUACCAAAAAAAUCUUCGGAAAAGGGGGGAGCAAUCUCAGCCACGUAUUAUCCAAUGAUAUACAGGCUGCUACAGGAGAGGGGGAAUUAAGAAAGAUGGGGCAUACAUAAAGCAGGGACAGCAGACUCAUUCCCUAUAGACGCUUCCUCUUGGCAGCCGCCACAUUCUCUGCCUCACCAAUUUGUUCAACUUAAAAUCCAACAGAAAUGUAGAGGCUGCAAAACUUCAAAGCAAAGUUCUAAGUUUUAUAUCACACCUUAUUUUUAAGAACACCUUUGAGCCUCAUAGAAGCCCUAUAGCAUUCUUAGAAAAUACAAAGCACCAUAGCCCAGAGCUUUGUCUGGAACUGUUUACAUAAGAAAAAAAAGGUUGAAUUGGGACAAACAACAGCAUCACGGAGGAAAGCGAGUUUUAAAUUACUCCAGAAAAGAAACUGUUAUACACAGAAAACAGAUAACCCAAGAUUUUAACAUAGCUGGGAUUUUCACUGUAUCCAAUAGUCUACCUCCGCCCAAACAAGAAUUAAUGAUUUUUAAAUAAAAUUUUUACACAGUAUGAAAGACCUCUGUUCUGCAAAUUCAAACCAAAACCAUAAUAUGCUGCCCCCAUUUUUCACAGAGCAGUCUAUGGGUGGGAUAGUGCUGCUUCUAAUAGCCCUGCAUAUAUACACUGGCAUUGUUCACACAACAUGCUAAGCUACAGUUUGCUUAACAAUGGUUUAUUUGCUAUUCAUGAAAUGUAUAUUGCACCUUUUUAACCAGGUGCUCAAGGUGAUCACAUUUCAAAAGUCAUCCAGAAGUGCUCUGGACCACAUGAAAAACAACCCUCUCCUACUCAGUGAAACAGCAAUGACUUUCUUCAGAGUUCUGCACAAGCCUGGAAGAAAAAUGCAGGUGGUUUAAGAGUUGCAUUAAAGACACAGGGCUGUAUUGAUCUGAUUCAUUAAAGUAGAAGCAUGUUUUUUCAAGCUUGCACAGAUACUUAAAAAGAAACCUGUGCUUUAGUGAAUAACAGAGGUACUAUGCUUUUACCAGUCCCAAAGCACUUCUUGACCAGUUUUAAAGUAUGCAUAAUUCUUGGACAUACCAAUAUUUUCUCCUCUUGGUUUUUCUCACAAUAAUCUUGAGAGGUAGAUAGAGAGACUUUGAUUGAUUCAAAGUUAUUUAGUGAUCUUUUAUUGCUGAAGAUGGAUUUGAACCUUAAUCUCCACAAUCCUAUAACAGCAUCUCAAUCAUUGCACAACACUGGCUCUCCUAUGUUGAAUAAACAGCAAUUGGCUAGGAUUGUACAACAUACUAAACCUUAAACUAUGUUUUAUGUCAAGGGUGGGCAUGGCACAGCAUCCUAAAAUAAUUCUGCAAAAAUCUGGGGGGAAAUGGCCAAUUUGGGGCAAUGUAAUUUCUUUUUGGUUCUUUCAGAAAUGAGACUGGGAAUGGGAACAGGAUGAUUUUGUCAAGCAAAAUCAUUUCGAAAACUUUUUAAAAUCAUUUCAAAAACUUUCAUUUCUACCCUUGGAAGCCCUGCUCAGAAACCUCUCCCAAAGUUCCAGAACCAUGCCACCAAAACUUAGCUAUUUUACCAACAAAUGUCAACACCACAAUUUUGGGCCAGUUGGUGAGAUGCAUUUUAAGGUUCAGAAAAGGAGCAGUUUUAAAUGCUGUCCCCUACUUUAAUUUGUACAUGAAAGAAGACCCCCAAAUAAGGGAUGUUUGGUUUUCAUGCUAAGAUAUUUUCCAAUUCUCUCACUCACUGGCUCAAAAAAUGCCUGCGAACGUUGUGCUUUGGUCCUGGUCUUGACUUAUAUUUUGCUAAUUCUAAAUUGACUUUGUCAACGUUGUACAGUACGAAGAAAACGUAUCAAUACAUUCCCAAGCUUUGCCAGCAACAAAGUUGGCGAAUAUGGUAACAAGACAAGCGAAUGUUAAAUAAGGCCGUGUAUACCAGGAUAAACUGCAGUAUUACCAAGAAGUCAAUUUUUGAUACAAAAUCUUUGCCAUUUCCGUGAAUCCCCUGGAGCUGUGGUGGAAGAGAGAUAAAACAUUGCUCUCUGUCAAUUAGUCUUCUGAAAAGUGAAUAAGGCAUUACUUCCCUUGUCUUGAGAUACAGAGUUUUUUAUGCGUGUCUGUCAAGCAGUCUCGUUGACACCUCCCAGAGAGAAUAAAUCACUAACAUCCACGGUCCUGGGUUGUUGCCGAGUACCAAAUAUGGGGGAGAAAUUCCUAUUUAAAAAUCAUCUUCGGGACACAAACCAUAAUGAGCCACGGGAUGCCCUUUUGCCUAUCCCGUAUAUAACUCACACCCACUUCUCGUACUUCUCGCAGAAAAGUUGGAAGGGUUUACAGACAGCUCCCAGAUACGUUGUGCUUCAAUCCCUUCCUACUUUUUUUUUUUUUUUUUUAAUCUUCGUCAGCUUUUUGCCAGGCUGGAGCAUUUCGGCAACUGCCAUUUUGCACAGCCAACCCGCCACAGAGACAGGCAGUGCAACUUUGUGCAGAUCUACUCAAAAACUCCGGAGCAGCCAUGAGCGCCGAGCCUCGCAACCGGCAGCAGACUCUAGCUUUACGGAAGCAGUUGAUUGGAUCAUCUUGCAAGCUUUUUUUCCCCGAAGACCCAGUGAAGAUUAUCCAGGCAAAGGGCCAAUAUAUAUAUGAUGAAAAUGGAAACCAAUACCUGGACUGUAUCAAUAAUGUUGCUCAUGUGGGGCAUUGCCACCCUGAAGUGAUCAAAGCAGCCCAUCAGCAGAAUCUGCUGCUAAAUACAAACUCUAGAUAUCUACAUGACAAUUUGGUGGAUUAUGCACAGAGACUAUCUAAAACAUUGCCGGAGAAGUUGUGCACCUUCUAUUUUUUGAAUUCAGGAUCAGAAGCUAAUGAUCUUGCUCUGAGACUGGCACGGCAGUAUACAAAGCAUAAAGAUGUUAUUGUUAUUGACCACGCUUAUCAUGGACAUCUGACAUCUUUGAUUGACAUAAGUCCAUAUAAAUUCAGAAAUCUAGAUGGCCAAAAAGAAUGGGUCCAUGUGGCUCCUCUUCCUGAUACAUACAGAGGAUUAUAUAGAGAAAACCAUAAGGAUCCAGCCACAGCAUAUGCCAAUGAAGUGAAAAAAAUAAUUGACAAAGCACACCAAGAAAGCAGGAAGUUUGCUGCACUUAUUGUAGAAUCCUUGCCCAGCGUUGCUGGACAAAUCAUUCCACCAUCUGGUUAUUUCCAAAAGGCAGCAGAGCAUAUACACAAAGCAGGAGGCGUAUUUAUUGCUGACGAAAUUCAGGUUGGCUUCGGCAGGAUUGGCAAACAUUUUUGGGCAUUUCAACUUCAGGGAGAGGAUUUUAUUCCUGAUAUUGUUACUAUGGGAAAGCCAAUAGGGAAUGGACAUCCUGUCGCUUGUGUAGCAACAACAAAGGAAAUUGCAGAGGCAUUUUCAGCAACAGGAGUAGAAUACUUUAACACAUUUGGAGGAAAUCCUGUGUCCUGUGCAAUAGGCCUAGCAGUCUUGGAUAUUAUUGAGAAAGAAGAGCUUCAAACCCAUGCUCUUCAUGUGGGAAGCUUCUUUAUGGAACUACUCAAGCAUCAAAAAGCUAAACACCCUCUAAUUGGAGAUAUCAGGGGUAUUGGACUAUUUAUUGGUGUAGAUUUAGUACAAGACCAAGAGAAAAGGUCACCUGCUACCAAGGAAGCAGAAUACAUCACAACAAGAUUCAAGGAAGAAUUCAUUAUACUGAGCACGGAUGGGCCAGGCAGAAAUGUGCUUAAGUUCAAGCCACCACUGUGUUUCAAUACGAAGGAUGCAGAGUUAGUUGUUGGCAAACUUGAUAUGAUAUUGACAGAAUUGGAGAAAAGAAAAACUUAAAGAAGAUGAUUUCCAAUACUUCAAAGGGAUACAGGCAUGGUGCUGAAUUUUACUAUUUUUCUACACUUAAAUUACAGUAAUAAAAUUCUGCCUUCUGUAGGCUAUCAUAAUCCAAUCCACGCAGUUUUGUUGUAUUGCUGACAGCAUAGAUUUUCAGAGCUCUAUUGCUUUUAUCUCUACUAAUCCAUUUCUUCAUAUAGUAAAGAGGAAAAAUAAUUUAUCCAAAAAAUGUAACUUGUCACCUUUGUGCUAUAUAGGUUACAUGGCCGUAUUUAUACUUGUUUCUGCUUAUAUUAUACAGUUAGCACCUUUGAUCUGAUAAAAUAAUUUUAUGAAGAAAACAGAUUUAUUAAGAAAUAGGUAGGCACCAGUUAUUUAGCAAAACUUAACAUCUAAACAUUAGACUCUGUUACACAAUGGCUCAUGAGAAUUGUUUCUGUAAGAUUUUUAGCAUCUCAUAGAAAUGUUUUAUUUACUAAAGAAAGUGAAGAUGUCACCAACACUGACAAGCUAUUUUAUUUGGAAAGCACAGUUCUACCAUUACAGUAAUUCAGGACCAAAGGGGAAUGCUUAUUUUUAAGAAGUGGACAGAUCUAUGUAGUAUGUAUCAAAAAAUGAUGUAACAGAUGAAAAGCAACCUAUUUUCUAAGAACAUAGCGCCAAACUACUACUACAUUCAAGGCCUUGCCUUCCUGUUUUUCUGUACCAUUAACAUGGAAUUCCUUUGCUAAAGAUAAUUUUGCUGUGUCUGUCAGUCAUAACAGUAUAAGACUGGUGCCUCUUACUGCUUCACAAGCAGUCUUUUUUCCCUCUUAGCUACAAGUUAAUUACAAAUGACUUUCUGUACUUCACCAGGUAAUGCAUUUUCUAUUGUAAAGUCCUGUUUAUCCUUGCCAUACCAUUCUGAUGUUUCAUAAACAUCCCUAAGAUCUGAAGUGAUUUAAAGCAAAUGAAAAUAUAUAUUUUUAAAAAAUUUGUAAAAUGUACUUAACAGAACUUCAAUAGUGACUCUUUGAUGCUGUAUAUUAAUAACAGUAGGCUUAUCAAAACACUUCUUGCAAAAUAUAGUACUAGUAUUCAACUGUCUACACCUGUAGCAAUCAUACAGCUAUUCUAUUUGGGGACAAACAAAAAACACAGGAUGAAAACAAUCAUGUUAAAAUACUCAAACGUGAGUAAGGUUGGAAAACCCAGAGUCACAUCUGAUACAGAAAACAGAAUUAUCAUCUUUAAGCUCUUAGCCAGAGGGAAGACAGAUAACUGUAAUUAUAUUGUAAUGUGGGAGAGGGGGACAGAAUGUAUAUCAAGAUCUCCAAUUGAUUAUAAUAGACUAGUGAGGGUCAGAAACUUUGAACUAUACCAUAAUAGUCAUUUUAUGUCUAAAUUAGGCUAGCAGUUCCUGAUCAGUGGUAACUCAGAUAUAGGUUUACCUACUUCUACCACUCCAGCCCAUAAGUUCUGGAGUGCAGUAGUUAGUAGUUUCACCUUCUGAAGAACCCUAUUUAACUUGUCUUCAGUUAGUAGAUAUUCUAGUAAAUAAGUCUUGAAAACGUUCUCUUAUUGUAGUGGACAACUUCUUUGUAAGUAGUUAAGUCUGCUUUCAGUAGCCUUUUAAUUUCUCAAAGGACAAAGUUCAGCAUGAGUUCAACUACACAUUUAACUGUAAAAAGCAAAAUUCAUUUUCAUUUUCAAGCCCUAUUUGUUACUGCUCCAAUGCUCUGACAAGCAAACCAUGGAGAUUAUAAAAAUGGUCAAAAAUUAAACUGGAGCCAGGCCAUAGCUGUUGUUAAAUGAGCUUAAACAAUGACUUCUAAGUUGGAUAUCUUAAUAUCUGUUCUUAUACAAUUAAAAUGAACUAUGUUCAUAACAGAUUAUUUAUCCCAUGGAUAAGAGAUUAAGAGUGUGUUGUCUCUCCCAAGCACAACUUCCUCUUCCAGGCCUAGUUCUAACCAUGGCUGUUACCCAUAUAAUUACAUUUGGUCAGAAAGUAAAUCUUACGUUAAAACAGAGCUGUCAUUGUAACAUGUAUGAUUUAAGCAAGAAAUUUUUAUUCUGAAUGAAAUGCAUGAUAUUGUUCUCCCCAUGUCUGAGCUUAUUACCCUGGCUAAGAUUAUAGGACAAGCUGUAUUUUUUUAAUACUGCAAAUGGAGAAUUUAAUGUACUUAAUAGUGCAUUAUUAAAGAUCUUUUCCCAUAUUUGACAGCAGGACCGCUAGUCACCUAUUAUCUGCUAAAAAUAUUAGUAACAUGACUACAAAAUAGCUCAGAAUAAGCUAAGAGGAAGCUAUAGAAUAGUUUGAAAAAACUUGGAAACAGUAGUACUGAAAAUCCAAUGUUUACGCAGCUUUAAUAUUAGCUUAAUAGUUUUAGCAUGAAAUGUUUAAAUUCUAAAUACUAAUAAAACACAGAAGAGUACAAAAGCCAGUCAGAUUGACAGUUUAAGUAAGGUCAAUGAAUUAUUGACUUAUGCCUAAGGAUGGUUCAAAUAUGAGUGUACUACAUAAGCAUCCAGGAGUUUUGUACAUAUGGUAUUGAGCAUGUUUUCAGAUUUUGAAAGCAGUUAAAUUGAACUUGCAUAUACAAAAAAGCAGACUAUAAUGUAAGCAUGUCUAAUAUUGUCUUGUGUGUGUAAAUACAGCCUUGAGCCCUUCACUAUUUUAGGUAUCCAAUUCUACAAAUUUAUUCCUAAAUUCCUAUGAUCUUUAUUCCUACACAAGCCAAUCAUAUACUAUUCUAAAUCCUAACAUUUGCCUGAAAUGUAAUACUUAUUCUGCUUACUGGUUUUUCCUACCUCACAAUACUUUGAAUUUGUGAUUAAACAAUUUAUUUUUGCUGGUCUUUCAUCAAUUUUAGGGUUAAAACAUGCUCUAAAUCCAACUUCUAAAAUUUAUGUAUCAACCAGCCACCAGCAUUUCUAAUGAAAUUCUAAGGCUUCUUUUCUCUGAGCUACAAAAGGAUAGCUGGAAUAAUGGCACAGGAUACUGUAUUAUGCUUUUUUAUUCAAAAGCUAGAAUAGCAUCAAUAUCCAUGUCAUGGUGAAUCAGAACACAUGUAAAAUACCUUACAAUACAUUAGAUUCCAAAAAGGUACCAAAAAGUACAGUAAAAUUAACACUUCCAUUACAGGAAAUGUA